AUGGCAGUUAAUCCCUGUUGUUACUAUCCAUGUCAGAACCAGGGUGUCUGUGUCCGCUUCGGCCUCGACCACUACCACUGUGACUGUACUCGCACGGGCUAUUCGGGCCCCAACUGCACCAUCCCUGAGCUCUGGACCUGGCUUCGGAAUUUCCUACGGCCCAGCCCCUCAUUCACCCAUUUCCUGCUGACACAUGGGCGCUGGUUCUGGGAGUUUGUAAAUUCCUCCUUCAUCAGGGAAACACUCAUGCGCCUAAUACUCACAGUAGCACAUGACUACAUCAGUUGGGAGUCCUUCUCCAAUGUGAGCUACUAUACUCGAAUUCUGCCCUCUGUGCCCAAAGACUGCCCCACACCCAUGGGAACCAAAGGGAGGAAGCAGUUGCCUGAUGCUCAGCUCCUGGCCGAACGACUACUGCUGAGAAGGGAGUUCAUUCCUGCCCCCCAGGGGACUAACAUCAUGUUUGCCUUCUUUGCACAACACUUCACCCACCAGUUCUUCAAGACCUCUGGAAAGAUGGGUCCUGGCUUUACCAAGGCCUUGGGCCAUGGGAUAGACCUUGGCCACGUUUAUGGAGAUAAUUUGGAACGACAGUAUCAUCUGCGUCUCUUCAAGGAUGGGAAACUCAAAUACCAGGUGCUGGACGGAGAGGUAUAUCCACCGUCUGUGGAACAGGCGUCUGUGUUGAUGCGCUACCCACGGGGUGUACCGCCCGAGAAGCAGAUGGCUGUGGGCCAGGAAGUGUUUGGUUUGCUUCCGGGGCUGAUGGUCAUCUCCACGAUCUGGGUGCGGGAGCACAACCGCGUGUGCGACUUGCUGAAGGAAGAGCACCCCACCUGGGACGACGAGCAGCUCUUCCAGACCACUCGUCUCAUCCUUAUAGGGGAAACCAUCAAAAUUAUCAUCGAGGAGUAUGUGCAACACUUGAGUGGCUACUUCCUGCAGCUCAAAUUUGAUCCGGAGCUGCUCUUCCGAGCUCAGUUCCAGUACCAUAAUCGCAUCGCUGUGGAGUUCAACCAUCUCUAUCACUGGCACCCACUCAUGCCUGACUCCUUCAAAGUGGGCUCUCAAGAGUACAGCUAUGAGCAGUUUUUGUUUAACACCUCCAUGCUGAUGGACUACGGUGUUGAGGCAUUGGUGGACGCCUUCUCUCGCCAGAGGGCUGGCCGGAUUGGUGGGGGUAGGAACUUUAACCACCAUGUUCUGCAUGUGGCCGUGGAUGUCAUCAAGGAGUCCCGAGACAUGCGCUUACAGCCCUUCAAUGAAUAUCGAAAGAGGUUUGGCAUGAAGCCCUACACCUCUUUCCAGGAGCUCACAGGGGAGAAGGAAAUGGCCGCUGAGUUGGAGGAGCUAUACGGUGACAUCGACGCUUUAGAGUUCUAUCCGGGGCUGCUUCUGGAAAAGUGCCAGCCCAACUCCAUCUUUGGGGAGAGUAUGAUAGAGAUUGGGGCUCCCUUUUCCCUCAAGGGUCUUCUAGGAAAUCCCAUUUGUUCCCCAGAAUAUUGGAAGCCCAGCACAUUCGGUGGUGAUGUGGGCUUCAACCUUGUCAACACAGCUUCACUGAAGAAACUGAUAUGCCUCAACACAAAGACCUGCCCGUAUGUUUCCUUCCAUGUGCCAGACUCACCCGGAGAUGAUGGGCCUGUUGUAGAGAGACCAUCCUCUGAGCUCUGAGGGGGCAGGGAGACAGCAUUCUGGAGGGAGGAGCUUUGUGUUUGCCCUUCUAGGAUGCUCUGAGGCUGAGGUAGAUAGUCUUCAGUGUUUGUCUCCUGGUUUGGCAUUGUGAGAGUUGACACUGACAGAAUUUUGGAUCUCAGCCUUGUCUAGAAUAUUGUGAUUUUGCCAUUCUAGGAUGCUGAAUUCAUUGUUAACCCUUAAAAAUGUUAGGAGUGGUUUUUAUCUGGCUUCUCAGAACUUGGCUCCGUGUUGGCAACCCAGAAGGUCAGAUUUCUGGUUGAUUUGGAAUAUAGCCUUAAACCUUUAUGCCAGGCAGUGUGGCGCACAUCUUUAAUCCCAGCACUUGGGAGGCAGAGGCAGGUGGAUCUCUGUGAGUUCAAGGCCAGCCUGGUCUACAGAGUGAGUUCCAGGACAGCCUCCAAAGCUACAGAGAAACCCUGUCUCAAACAACAACAACAACAAAACAAAAAACAAAAACAAAAAACAACUCUUUAUGUUAUAAGGCAUGGUAUGAUUGUACACACCUUAAUCCCAGCACUUGGGAGGCAGAGGCUGUUGAAUCACUGUGAGUUUGAGGCCAGUCUGGUUCACAUAGUGAGUUCAAGGUCAGCCAUGGUUACAUAGUGAGACCCUGUCUUCAAAUAUACAAACAAACAAACUUCAGGAUUAUAACUCCUAAAAAUCUCUUGAAAGUUAAAAGGGGUUCUUAAUUUUCUUCCUAGAAUCUGGGGGCCCCUCCAUAAUUUUGACAUCUGAUUGGUAACUCAGAAGGUCAUGUUCCUGGUCAAUGAUCCAUAACAUGGUCCAGACCAGUCCAGAUCUGAAUGUCUAGAAUGUGGAAUUGGUUAAUUUUCCUGUUCAGUGAAAUGGACACAGAACAAAAGAACCCAAUGUCUAACAAGGACUGCCUUGCCCACAUCUGUUUCUACACUGAAGGGCAAGGAUGUAAGAUGUUGUUUUUGGGAGUCACACUUAGACCCUUUCUAAAGGUGUGGAGCGAACAGUGGGGACCCACCACAUCUCUGUCCUUAUCCAGGUCUUUGCUUGUGGCAGCUGUUUCUCAAGAAGUUAAUAAAAUUAUCUUUCCAAAGCUUCCUGUUACCUAUCUCUUUAAAUCUCACCUGCAAGUGAACGAUGAUGAGGGUUUCCUCCUACCCACAGCCAGGUGUGCCGGAGGUGUGGCACAAGACCUUCCAAGGGCAUCCCUGGAACCCGUCCUGGCAUGUGUGCCUUCCCCUUGAUGCUUCAUCUCUCCCUUUGGGCUAUAAUCUGCCUUUGUCAAUCAGUCUGUUCACCUAGAAUACCUAACCCCCAAACCCUGGAGAUGUAGCACCCAGUCCCCCUAGCUCCUCUGCUGGAGGAGACGGGCAAGACGAGGCACUGAGAAGAUGAGCACACUACUCUGUGCCAACUUUUCACACCCAAUUCUCAUUUGCUGUCAUAGGGACCGUGUAUAACCCUCAAUAGAACUGCAGAAUGGCCAAGUGACAUGACAGUCCCACAGGGCCCAGAACCAGACUUGGAAGCCAGCUCCUCUCCCUCCUGUUUUGCUCUGUGCCAGCUGUGACGUUGCCUCUGGCCUGAGGUCAACAUGAGAGGCUGGGGUUGGGGGAGGGUAGUCUCCACUUUAUGUGCUGGCUAUUUGUUCACAGUUUGUGCUUAUUUCUCUAAUGCUGGCUGUGCACUGGUUACUUUGAUGGGGACAUGGCUGUGAGUAGACAGUGCUGAUGAGGCUUCUGCUCUUCAGAGCUCACAUUUCAACAGGAGGGAACAGACAAGAGAUACUACAGUGGAGAUCCAGCAGUUGGCACUCUUUCUUUCUAAAGCCCUGGCCUGGUUGUAUGACCAAGGAGGCAGGCAAGGACAGACAGUGAAGGUGAGAGAGCAGAAAAACCUUUGUGCAUUUUUUGGACCUAGCACACUUCCAGAACUGUGGCCAUGAAAUGGAAGGGAUCGGGUUUGGGCUGGACAUCUUCAG